AUGUCAGGCUACGACCCAGUAAAGGACCUAGGUCUGACCUGUCCAUACGGCGGAAUCUUGUACAUCUGCGCCGACGAUCCAGAUCGCUUCAUCGGCUGCUGCACCAUCAACCCCUGCGGCGCCAGAAAAGGUUUCUGCCCUGAUCAAAACCUCAGAUCCGCAAGCUUCAACGCUACUCUUCAGCAUGAGUUCCUCCCUCAGGCUUGUAUCAACGACAACGUCGAUGUCAGUUGGUACACCUGCGCUGGAAACGCUCUUCCGUUUCUAGGAUGCUGUGCCGUGGAUCCUUGUCUCCGUGGUGUUUGCCCUCAGGGAGAUUUGAGAGCUGCUAGGCUGAGCGAUAAGGCCAAGAAUGCACAGGAAUUCCUUGACGGAGGCCCUGAGUAUAUGCCACGACCUACGUCUUCUGUCUUGGAUCCAGGACUAGGUAUCUCUUCAACCAGCCUGUGUGCUAGCCCAACCACUGCAAUGACGACCAUGAUCUCCAGCUUCAUCAAUUCUUUCGCUACGGAAACAACCAUUGCAACAAUCACCUCCGCCAGGACAACUUUGCCAUCGGAGGCUCCAGAUGCACCUCCCGCGGGACCCAAAGAGCACGGCUCGAACCGAAGACUUACAUGGCUGUUGAUGUUGCUUUUCGCCGCAGUUUUUCUAGUUCUAUACCUUGCGCACCAUUUCUGGGGACACCCAUGCUGUCCAGAGUGCGGAGACAAAUCGUCCAAAGUAAAACUCGAACAGAGGCAUGAACAGGAACACCGACACGAACAACAACAACAGGAAUACGAACACAACCCGAACAUGCCUCCGUACCCAGAUACCGAUGAGACCCGAACAAGUGAUGAUUUCCGGAAUAUGAGGGAACGUUCAAGCAGGAAUAGCUCCCGAACAGUCCACGAACAUCCACAGAACAUGCAAGGUCAACAACAUGAGAAUGAUUCUGCUAUUAAAGAUGGAACUUCCCGUGACAACAAAGAAAAUGGAAUCCUCGACCUGCAUAGAGACUCUAAUCAACAAGACCUAUACGCCUAUGUCCUCGGAACAGUUCCAAACAGAAAGCCGUUGCCAAGAACGAAUACCCAGCCAAGCUGGCAAGACGAUAACUGCCGCUGAGGACCCCAUUCGAAAUGCAAGAUAUAAUAUCUCAUCCUCUCAAAAUCUUCAUUUCCUAAGCAUCGUCAUCCCCUAAAAGUCGUCAUCCUCCGAAAACCAUCAUUUUCUAAAAAGUCGCCGUCGUCUAAAAGUCAUCAUGGGUUCAUCGAUAUGUGAGAUGGAAGGGAGUAUGGUUCAUGAUAGCUUCGCAGCAUUAGUAGCGUCAGGGGCAGAAUUUCCUCUAGCCAGGCAGAGUACGGGUCAGCUAGAGCAAGACCAACUACAACUUGUUUCUGACGUCUCAACAACUUAUGAACCAACCAACAUCAUAGUUGUCCGGAACUUUAAUCAAGACUGCGACACACCACCUGCUGAGGAGAGCCGUCUUCCUUUAUUUUCGACUCAUCAUUACAAACAUGAGCGAGUGCCGGACCAAAAGCCCAAAAGAUUGGUGUUUAUGAGGCUUCACCAAAAACAGUGGAAAGGUAAGGGAGCUCUCACUAGAAUUGCGGCCAUUUCUGACGCUCGAAAACCACUUAUAGAACAGGCGCUCUCUCUUCAAACUUGGCGAUAUUCAGGAGUUAGGAGGCCACCCCCAUCAUCGAGGCGUACUCCCAACAAACUCCGGAAGCGUCGAAGGCCUGAUGGAUAUGAAGAGUGAUAGAGAAGGGGUUUUAUAACGGCAAUCGCGCGUUUGAGGGCGCUAUGAUAGACAUGCUUCGAUUUAAUUUGUGGUGGAUUUACAUGUUGCAACAGGAGGUUGACAUUUCUUUGGACGGAUACAGAGUUUGAUGUUUUGAAGAAUAGAAGAAUGGACAGGGUCGGAGUUCUUGUGAAUAUUGGUUAGUACACGACAAUAGAAUAAAAGCAGGUUGAGCAACUUGACGCAGAUGAAAGACCAUCAGCUCCUCCCCAUCUUUCUGCUUCUGCCAAACUUCAACAUCCCAUAGGAAACUCAUCUUGGAACGCCCGACAGGCCUCGUAUAAAAUUACCUGAUGCAGCGAGUUGUUAGUUUGCAUGUCCAGUUUCGAGUCAAGACGCAAGAUGCUCUUCGAUCGAUGUGGAUGAUCUGACUGAUCGCGAUCUACCACACAUAUAGCCUUGCUAUGGAACUCGGAAGCUGUUUACGAACAGCCCUAUGAGAUAUCUCGGAUGACACUCUCCACACAUGGAUACCCGUCAAGACAUUGGACUGUUAUAUCCGAGCCAACGAUAGUAAGGGGAUGCGACCAACAGAGACCUAGAGAUAUCUCCGCAUCGCAAACAGCUUGUCUUGAAAAUAGUAGUCAUGUCACUGCGCAUGGAUCAUGCAUGCC